AUGCUUGAUAAGGAGGUGCUUCAGAGCAUUAUGGUGACUUGCAUCAUCCUCCAUAACAUGAUUGUGGAGGAUGAGUAUGAUUAUGAUGCUCCAGAGGUUUUUGAACCCAAUCCCAUGAACACGGCAUUGACAAGAAUUUAUGAAAGGCCGAUGGGAGCAAAUGGACAACCAAUGGAGCACGAAUUGUUGUUUCGGGAUGGUCGAUCAACAACCUUAUGA